AUGAAGACGUCCUCAGUUGCUAUCCUCGUUCUGUUGUCCGUUCUGUGUUCUGGUGAAAAUGGUCGACGGAGCAGCAGUUUGACUUUGGAAGAGAAGGUAAGCAACCUUCAGGAGUGGAUCAGUCGAAGACCAGUAAUCCAUCUGAACCAUGAAAAGUUCAGACAGUACGUGCGAAUGUCGCCUCGUAACUAUUCGGUAGUGCUGAUGCUCACAGCUCUGUCCGCCAAGCAGAACUGCUAUCACUGCCUGUACGUAGUCGUGGAUUUAAUGGCUAAGGACGAAUUUGAAAUCGUUGCGAAUUCCUAUCGAUAUGCUUACCUGCAUGCCAAGGAACUGUAUUUCACGUUGGCGGACUUCGACGAGGCGCCCGAAGUGUUCCGAGCGCUGAGCAUCCGUUCCGUACCAGUGAUAAUUCAUUUCCCUCCUCAAGGCAGUCGUAAGACUCCGAAUACCAUGGACAUAUCGAGAAUGGGCUUCGGUGCAGAGGUAAUUGCGAAGUGGAUAUUGGACCGAACGGAAAUCUCGAUUCGCGUUCUUCGACCCCCGAACUACUCUGGACCUGCUGCUUUGCUUUUGCUGCUGAUCUUGAUUGGCGGUCUGAUGUACGUCAAACGGAACAAUCUUGACUUUUUACGAAAUACUACUGCUUGGGGAAUUCUGGCAUUGUGUAUCAUUUUUGCUUUUUUGUCUGGACAAAUGUGGAACCAUAUACGAGGCCCGCCGUUUAUUCAUCGCAAUGAAAGAACUGGCCGUCUUAACUAUUUCUCGUCCAGCUCACAAAUGCAGUUCAUCGUUGAAACCUAUGUUGUGAUGCUAAUAUGUAAGUAUAGGCACGGAUGUUUCAGCUUAACGUGUUUUUUAGACGCUGCUAUAACCGUCGGUUUCAUAAUGAUGAACGAAGCGGUUGAUAUGAAGGGAGAUCCGAUGCGUAAAAGAGGUACAGACGUGGUGGCCAUCAUUGGACUGCUGUUGGUAGCGUUCUUCUUCAGUUUCCUGCUAUCGCUCUUUCGGUCCAAGUAUCACGGGUAUCCUUACAGUGAAGAGGACUCUUUCAAGAAAUGCAUGUGUAUCCCAGUUUACUGGAAUGGACGCUCGUUUUAUACCUCUGCUCAAAUCGUGUUCAACGAAAGUUUAGGCGAAAGGCUGUGCAAGAACGACCCUGAUUACAAGGCGGGUGUCGGAACGUACGUCACUCACGGUUGCAUCUAUGCGUCUUUGGCCGGUUUUGUCAACAUCACCAAGGACGAAAAUGGAGUCGUAAGGAUUGGCUUUGUUCUUUGCCAUCGACACUUUCAAAGAAGUGCAGGUCAGUCAAAGGACGAGCAGCCAGAGCGUUUGCAUUCCAUUCCUUGGAGCUGUGGUGACCUGCAGGGUGGGAGAGUUGUAGUAUCGCGGCGGCGUUACGUUGUUAUGUUUGAUGUAACCGUGGUGACAUCCAGAUUCAUCAAGUGUGACAUCCUCUGUGUCGAACGGUCGAUUCUUCCCCAUACGUUCUCUGGCUUGCUCAGGUGUAGUUACAUUUUCGUGUCUUCGUCGUUAUGGGAUUACUUUAGACAGCUAUCCGCCAACGACGUUCAGUCAUUUCUGUUGACGACUGCGGAAAAUCCACUUGGUGUUGUGUUUGGCUACUGCAAGGAAGGACACAAGAUGACGCCAACGAGCGGAACUGCACUUCACUGCAAAAGAUGCGCGUGCAGCUUCAAGAGAAAGUUAGCGAUGAUCCCUCAGAACGAAAGCAACGAUACUAAAACAAUAGAUCAAGACUCGAAACCUCCUUCAAUGACCCUAAAUUGA